CUGGCACUACUGCGGCUAGAGCGAACCCUGGCCCUGCUCCGUCUCUCAGUGGUUGAAACAGAAAAUAAUACCGCCAGGCUUCUAUUUUCAACGCCUCGGCGCCUAACGCAGACAGGGAUACAACACAGCCCCCGCGGCGCAGUUUGUGCCUUGCUGUGGCAUCAUGGGCCUCCAUAUUUGAAGGUUCGGCCCGUCGUGUGGCAACUUCUGCUCCACUGAGCAUUCAUUUCAACUGAUAAUGGAUUUGGGUAGUGAUCUCGUUGCCACUCCGAUACUUCCAAGCCAUCCUUCGGAGGCGUUGCUGGGGUUGUCUAUUCCGCCGAUCUCGUUGGAUGAGGAUUUACCAGAGACUCCCUCCCCUUGUAUAAGGAGGGAGUCGAGACGCGUGAAAAAGGUCCGAAAGACACCGAAUCAUCGAUAUAUCAAAGAUCUGGAGCGAAAGAAUCGAUCACCGGAGUUUGCCGCCAUACUUCGCAAUCUCAGCGGUUCGUCACUUAGAGAAUCAGCUAAAGCUGGGGAUGGCCUGGAUGAAACACGAUCGCAUGAUGCAGACAAUCACACUUCAGAUUCAGCAGAAUCUUCUAAUGCAGAAGAGCCUCAGACUGAUGACUCUACUGAGCCAUUGCCCUCCUUCACCCCAAAUCGCUGUACCCUCCAAGAAAUAUUCCGCGAUAUGAAAGAUGUAAUGACAGCCUCCUACGACGAGAAGCCCGGACAGGUCUACAUCCUCUUCGACCGACUAGAUCAAAGCCCCUUCUUCAAGAUCGGAAAAUCUACCGACACCAGAAAGCGAACGGUGACGCACCUGCAAAAGUGCCAACUCAAAACGUGGGCGUCUCGAGCAAGACCCGCAACACCUAUCCGGAUGCCCAUGCGUCUAGAGCGCCUGGUGCAGACUGAGCUGCAGAAUCUGAAUUAUGUUCCAGAUUGCCAUUGCACUGUUAACCAUAUUGAGUACUUCUGGGGGCGGAAGGAGAUCGGACUUGAGUCGCUGGACUUUUGGUACCGGUGGCUGCUGCAGCAUGACCCGUAUGACUGCGAUGGACAGCUGAAGGGGUUUUGGGCCGAUCGGUUGGAAGUAUUUCAGGGCAGUAUUGAUAAAUACUUCAGAUGUGAUAGUCCUUCUUGCGCAGUACAAGACGAGGAUACCCCGUCUUGCCGUGACUGCCUGCGAGCUGGGUGGAAGGAAUGGACAGAACCAACACCAGAAGACGAACUGGACUUCACCUGCAGAGCGAAUGUCCCAUCAAAACGAGUCCACCAAGGCAUUCAGCGGUUUAGCAGAUUUGGUUUGGUUAAGACAUCCAGCCUGGUAUCUUUUGUCAACGGAAUCGGCCUGCUGCUGUCCAUCUGUAGAUGGCUUGCUGACCCUAGCGUAUACCUGUCCCUUAUACCUCUCAGGCUGAUGGUAUUCUGGCUCAAGCCGACUCAGCUGCCCGAAUCUGUGAUAAGGAUCUGUCUUUCAUUUGCUGACACGGUUCUUCUGGUUGUUUGUGUUUAUGCUCGGUUUCAACAUCGCGCUGGGUCUGUCGGAAAAGGGAGUCCUAGAUCUGCUAAAAGAGGGAAAAGGAGGAGUGUAGGAGAGGCACAGGGUGGUGUCAGUGUUGCAGAUGGACCUGGAUGACUUGAACGAGCUAACCCAACGUGGCGAUGACUCAACUCCAGCUUAUAUUCA